UCAACCCUGAAAUCCCUGAGACCAAUCAUGAACCUGAAUUUCAUUGGGUCGCUAGCUGGCUCCGUGUGUGUUGGGAUGUAGGCAUGAGAGCCUCGAAUUCUUCAUGCCCAUCUUCGUCGAUCCCCUCACCGAAAAACCGUGAGUCCUUGGCUGAGUAUCGGAAACGGCUGCCCAUAUGGAAACACAGAGAAACUCUCAUUGAGACCAUUCAAUCUGCGCAGCACUGUAUCAUCGUCAGCUCCACGGGCUCAGGAAAAACAACACAGAUCCCACAGUUCCUGCUCGAGAGAAAUCUACUUUCGAAUGGCGUUGUAGCUAUUACCCAGCCUCGCCGGGUAGCAGCUAUUGGAGUGGCAUGCCGCGUUGCUGAGGAGUUGGGCCGGGGUGCUGUUGGUACGGGGCCAGUGGGUUACUGUGUUCGAUUUGAGGAUGUCUCCGAUCCACGCACCACGCGUAUUCGCUACAUGACUGAUGGGAUGCUCCUUCGUGAAGCAAUUCUUGACCCAGAUCUGUCGCGGUACCAUUAUGUCAUUCUAGACGAAGCACACGAGCGCAGUUUGAACACAGAUGUCCUGUUCGGUGUCGUACUAACUGCCGCUCAUCGUCGUGCGCGAGCGCAGGCGUUGUCACGCAAUUCACUGGGUUCUGGGACGAGUGGCCUCUCGUCCAGUGACAAUCAAAAAGCGGACUCACCUCUUGUUCAGAGAAAGCCUCUCCUGCCUUUGCUGAAGCCAAAGACAAAUAUUCUCAAUGCACAUCUCUCCUUCUGUGGUUGUCUUCCCACCAUUCAGAUCAUAAUUAUGUCGGCAACCAUAGACCCGACUCCAUUCGUGAACUUUUUGGGAGCUGAACAUACUCGUGUUGUGUACAUUGAAGGCCGACCACAUGCAAUUAAGGUGCUCAACACUUCCGAUUCGAUAACGGACUAUGUGGCAGAUGCGGCGAUCGCCUGUAUUCAGAUUCACAAAUCAAAGACCUGUCCUCCCAAUCGCGGUAUUCUAAUCUUUCUCACAGGAGAAGAGGAGAUCAUGCGGUGUUGUGCGCUCAUCCAUCAACUAGCCCGUCGCUUGGGACAGAACGGGAAAACAGGAUCAUCCACCAACGGCAGUGAUAAAACACCUGAGCUGUUAGUGUUCCCCUUGUUCGCGGCUUUACCUCAGGGGAAGCAAAUGCAAGCUUUGACAUUUUCCAAAUCGGAUUGCCGCAAAGUUAUUGUCAGUACAAAUCUGGCGGAAACCUCCAUCACUAUCCCUGGGAUUCGUUAUGUGAUCGACUCCGGUUAUGCCAAGAUCAAAUUCUGGGACUGUACUACCGGACUGGAAACUUUCCGAGUGCAACGCAUCUCCAAAAGCCAAGCUUGGCAACGUGCCGGUCGGGCGGGACGUGAAGCCCCUGGUGUAUGUCUUCGCCUCUACACGGAUGCAGAGUAUAAGGAAAUGAGUCUGCACAUACAGCCCGAGCUUCUGCGGGCCCCAUUGGCUGGCGUUCUGCUGAAUUUGAUAUCCAUGAAUCACAAGGUCCCACAGAAAUUUCCUUGGAUUUCCCGCCCCAAAGAAGCCUCCUUAACUGCUGGCGUGCACUUGCUAGAACGACUGGGUGCUGUCUCACCGGUCGACGAAUCUUCCCCCUCCGAUACGAAAUCUGUCAAUCCCUCUGGAUCUUCUGUUCCCUUAACCCGUCAACUACAGCUGACACCACUGGGAUCAAUCAUGUCCGCAUUCCCACUUGAUCCUCGGUUCUCACGUACCGUACUGUCUGCAGCCUACCUGGGCUGCCUCAUUGAGGUGCUCAGUGUAAUCAGCAUGUUAUACGUCAGCCCCGUGUUCUACGUCCCAGUAGAAAAGCGCGAACAAUUUGGGGAGACUCAGGAACGGUUUCGACAUCCAGAUGGUGACCUGGCCAGCUUGUUACAAGUCUAUCGUGGAUAUGUCAAGUCAUCGAAAAGACGAGAUCAAGCCGAUGCCUCCAACGCACAACCUUCCCGUCUAACUUGGUGUCGCUCAAAUUUUCUCAAUCGAGCCCGUCUAGAGACUGCCGUGCGCGUUCGUUCUCAGUUGAAAGAAGUUGCCAAGGGUGCUGGACUUACCGGCUUCCUCCGUUCGUGUGGAUCUGAAUUGUUCACCAUUACCCGCGCCUUUCUUCAAGCCGGAUUUAAAGAUCAGGUUGCCUUGUUAGCUGAUCCAGAUACACAUAUCCCUCAUGGCAACGGAGUCUCCAGCGUGCUUGGUACAAACUCUCGCCAGUCUGUCUAUCUUCUGGCCAAUUCUUCCACCUCCCAACCCACCUCACCCACGUGUUAUUUUCUAAUUCAUCCAGAAUCACAGCUUUACCUGCCUGCGCUUUCAUCCCCUCCACCCAUGGUUAUGUUCAUCGAAACAGUAACACAAACAAACUCUUUAUCAAACGUGAAACAACCCGUACCCGUCACUGUGUAUAUGCGCCACGUAGCCGCGGUACCGCCAGGUACGCUGUGUUCCGCAGACGAUGUAAACUUCAACAGCUGGAUAUCUCAGAUCCCAUCCGGUCGGAUGCCCUCUUCUAGUAAACUGAGGCGAAGAGGAGACGAUUCUAAUAAAACCAAGCACAAACUGGACACUGUUGAGCCGAACAGUGCAAAGCGCCCUUGUUUACAAGAGCUACGCAAACCCAACAUUGCCUUGAGACGUUUGACCAAGCGUCAACGGAAACGACUGAUCAAACGAAAACACAAACUGUUGACUGCUGUAAACACAACGUAGCCUGUCUGUCUCAUCUGUACGUGCGUACAUUUUGUAAACUAUCUACUCAGACUUUUCUGAUAUUCUUUCCGAGCAUUUUGAUUGCAUUCGAGAUUUCUUUGUGUAUGCUCCUUUUUCUCGAGCAGGACAGUUUAUAUACUCA